AUGAAGAUCAUAAUGUUUUUCCCACUUUUGCUUCUGGUGUGCUCUGUUUCAGCAACUGAGACUGAGACUGCAGUCCAACAACCCUGUCCUCAGGACAUCCAUGCUGUGCUGAGAGAGCUUACCGCCUCAUUGGCUGUGCAGAAUGAGCGGAUCACUGUCCUACAGAAAGAGAAUCAAGAACAAGCAGCAAAGCUGGAGAGCCAGAAGAUUGAGACUGAUAAGCUGAUGCAGCAGCUACAAGUCAAACAGGUGGCUUUCUCAGCCUCUCUGCUGGAUCAAGGAAGUAGAGAAACUGGACCCUUUAACACUGAGAUUACUCUGGUCUUCAAACGUGUUGUCACAAACAUUGGAAAUGCCUACAACCCACACACAGGUAUUUUCACUGCACCAGUGAGAGGAGUCUACCACUUUGUCUGGAGCUUAUAUGGAGAUGGAAAUAUUGCUGCAGGUGGUGUGUUGUUCAGGAAUGGAGAGCACAUUUUUAUUGCAUAUGAACAUCAAACAUCUGGUGGUGUGAGCACCUCUAAUGGAGCCUCACUGCUUCUAGAGGUUGGAGAUCAGGUGUCUGUACGUCUCUUUGUUGGUGCAAGGCUAAAUGACAGUCAAAAUCAUCAUAACACCUUCAGUGGCCAUCUGAUUUUCCCCAUGUGAGAAGUGUGACAGCUCCAACACUUCCUGUGUGGGUGGAGCUUAGCAAGUUUUAGAAGCAAAGCAGGAAGUAAAUCACCUGCUGGAAUCAGUUUCUUGCUCUCUCUCUCUGACCUGUUGGGUUCUAGUUGUGUGUUUAAUUGUUUCUACUUCUCCUCUGAUUCUACUGACUCAGAUAAUUUACUUCUUCUUCUUAUCUUUGAUUCAAAUAAAUCCAGUUAAAUGCUCAGUGA